AUGCUGGUCGCAUCUAUGAUAUUAUCAUGGGUUCUCGUUUUGUCUGUUUGGAUUCGCGGUCCACAUGUUCCUGCGAAUCCCCACUUUUACUAUGGUUUCCUUCUUUUUCUUUCAGUGGCUCUUGCAAUUGCACAGACGUAUCUGCAGAAUGCCACCAUGGCCUUCUGCACGCGAUUGGAUAUUAAUGGAUCCAUUAUUGGCUACAUGCUGCUAGGUCAAGCUUUGAAUGGAGUCAUUGGAAGUGUGCUAAAUCUGCUUAGCUCUAUGGCAGCAGCGACACACAUGGACGCGAACGAGGCAGCAUCGACUCAGGCGAUCCAAAACCAACAAGCUGCAUAUACAGUCUUCAUCGCGACGGCUCUAUUGCAACUGGCAACUUGGUAUGCAUUUGAACAUAUGCUGCACGUGUCGCAUGUGAAGCAAGCUGUCGAGUCCUGGACGAUGAGCGAUGCAUUCGCAGCCCAUGCCCAAAUGAGCAUCUGGGACACAGUAUGGCGUGUGCAGCGGCGCCUAGUGCCGUGGAGUGUGAGUAUCUUUGGCCUAUUUGCGACGACGCUUUGUGUAUACCCAGGCAUUACAUCUCGUGUGCGCACGGUAACAGAGACACGCUGGUUGAAUAAUGAGGGCAUCUUUGUCGCUCUGCACAUUGUUUGUUUCAAUGUGGGCGACUUGUUGGGACGACGCAUGCCGAUCAUGUAUCCGAUCACGAACGUGCGGCGUGCGUAUGUUGCACAGAUAUGCACAGCAGCCCGCUUUUUGUUUCUUCCGUUCUUUUUGUGGUGUCGACUUGACAUAUACAAGACAAGCCCCAUUCCCGAUACGAUCUUCUUUCUUGGCGUCGUGGCACUUGGCCUAACGACAGGCUGGCUAUCCACGUCCUUUCUCAUAUCUGGGCCUCAAAGCGUUGCGAAGCAUGAUGAAUCUACAUCAACGCAAAAUAAUGGGCUUGAUACUGAGGCAAGACAAGAUCAAGUUCUACUUCACGACGAAACAAUGCACGAGGCAUCCGCAGCUGAGCAUGCAGGAACACAGGACGCAGCUAUGGCAUCGAUGUUGUGCUCGUUCUGGCUUGUGGCUGGUCUGACAGCAGGAGGAUGCCUAAGUUUGCUUCUCAACGUGUUUAUAGGGUAG